AUGCUCUGGGGGGGUCUCCUCCUGCUCUGCCUGCUCCGCGGGGCGCUGGGCGCAGGACGCCCCCCCGGGAGCGAGGGACAGCGGGCUGGGGACACGUCCGAGGGGACCCGCAUCAGCCAGGACCUGGGGGGCGGCAGCCUGGCCAUCGACACCCUGCCGGACAACGGGACCCGCAUCGUGGAGGACAAUCACAGCUAUUACGUGUCGCGGGUCUACGGCCCGGGGGACGCGCGGCGCCGCGGGCUCUGGCUGGACCUGGCAGCGGCCAACGGGAGCCACGUCAAGAUCCACGGGAUCCUCUCCAACACACACCGGCAGGCAUCGAGAAUUGUUCUGUCCUUUGACUUCCCCUUCUACGGCCACCCCCUGCGGCAGGUGACCAUCGCCACGGGAGGUUUCAUCUUCGUGGGGGACGUCAUCCACCGCAUGCUCACGGCCACUCAGUACAUCGCCCCCCUGAUGGCCAACUUCAACCCCAGCUACUCCCGAAACUCCACCGUGCAGUACCUGGACAAUGGGACGGUGUUUGUGGUGCAGUGGGACAAGGUUUAUCUGCAGGGCAAGGAGGACAUCGGCAGCUUCACCUUCCAGGCUGCCCUGCACAGCAGUGGGAGAAUCGUCUUCGGAUACAAGGAGAUCCCGGUGCCGGUGCUGCAGAUCAGCCCCAGCCAGCACCCCGUGAAGGCCGGGCUGUCAGACGCCUUCAUGGUCCUCAACCCCUCUCCCGACGUGCCUGAGUCCCGGCGCAGGACAAUCUAUGAAUAUCACCGUGUGGAGCUGGACACCAGCAGGAUCACCAGCCUGUCUGCUGUGGAGUUCACCCCGCUGCCCACCUGCCUGCAGCACCAGAGCUGUGAGAUGUGUGUGAGCUCGGAGCUGACCUUCAACUGCAGCUGGUGUCACGUCCUGCAGAGAUCCUCCUCCUCAUCCUCCUCCCCCACGGCCUCGCUCUUCCUCGACAGCCUCACCACGGAAGAUGACACGAAGCUGAACCAGUUUGCAGGAGGAGAGGGCCCGGGGGGCAGCCCCUCCCCCCGCAGUGUCCCUGUCCCCACGGGCACCGUGGUGGCCGUCGUGGUGGCCGUGCUGCUGCUGGCCGGGAUGGGCCUGGCCGGGAUCUACAUCAGUGGCCACCCCACGUCCAGUGCUGGCCUCUUCUUCAUGGAGCGCCGCCCGCUCCGCUGGCCCGCCAUGAAAUUCCGGAACCGCUCCAACCGCGGCUCCUACGCCGAGGUGGAGGCGGCCAGCCAGGAAAAAGAGGGAUUUGUGGAGGCUGAGCAGUGCUGAGCGAAAAUCCAGAGGAAAUCCCAAAGAAUCCCGAGGAAAAUCCAAGGAAAAACCCAGUGAAUCCUGAGGAAUCUCAAGGCAAACCCAAGAAAUCCCAAGGAGUCCGGAGGAAUCCUGAAGAAUCUCAAGGAAUCCCAAGGAAUCC